UAUCAGAGUUUAAAAUGCAAUGGCAUCUGAUUCUUUCAACAGCUCUGGUUUAUCUCUCUUUUUUUUUGUUUUUGUUCCUUUUAGGUAACAAACGCAAGUCAAUGAGUAUAACAAAUUAUUCUGUGGUGUCUGAAUUUGUGUUCCUGGGACUUUCUAACUCUAGGCCUAUGCAGCAUUUUAUUCUUUCCUGCUCUACCAUUUCAUAUAUAUCAAUUGUGCUUGGAAACCUCCUGGUUGCGUUAACAGUGACUUUUGACUCUCAUUUGCAUUCCCCUAUGUACUUCCUGUUAGCCAACCUCUCAAUUAUGGAUUUGUGUUUUUCUACUGUAACAGUUCCUAAGAUGCUCUCUGACCUGUAUUCUGGGAAAAACACCAUAUCAUUUCAAGGGUGUGUCAUCCAGAUUUUUAUACUUCAUGUCUUGGGUGCAUCUGAGAUGAUGCUGCUCAUAGCCAUGGCCUUGGAUCGAUAUGUAGCCAUAUGUAAGCCCCUCAACUACCUGAACAUCAUGAGUCCAUGGAUGUGCAUUUGGCUUGUGUUCGGUGCUUGGGUUUUUGGUAUCAUUCAUUCAGGGUUCCAGCUAGCAUUUGUUGCCCAUUUGCAUUUUUGUGGCCCUAAUGAGAUAGACAGCUUUUACUGUGAUCUACCGUGGUUUAUCAAACUUGCCUGCGCAGACACCUACAAACUGGAGUUCAUUGUUACUGCCAACAGUGGGAUUGUUUCCAUGGGAACUUUCUUCUUAUUAAAUUUCUCCUACAUGUUCAUCCUGGUCACUGUAUGGAAACACUCUUCAAGUGCUCUAUCCAAGGCCUUCUCUACAUUGUCAGCUCACAUCACUGUGGUGGUUUUGUUCUUUGGACCGUGCAUUGUUGUCUAUAUGUGGCCAUGUCCCACAGUGCCGGUGGAUAAAUUUCUUUCAGUUUUGGACUUUUUGAUUACACCUCUCUUGAAUCCUGCCAUCUACACAUUGAGAAACAAGGACAUGAAGAUGGCAAUGAGGAAACUGAGUAGUCAAUUCCUGAGUUUGAGAAAAAUCUAA